AUGGACGGAGUAAAAGUGGCUCCAUAUCGAUUGUUAGGUGGACUUCGACAUUCUCAAAGUUUAAAUAAUCUUUCAACAAUAUCGAGUCCACGAAAAAAUUAUUGGCCAGCUUUCGAACAGAAUUCUCCGUCAAAUGGCUUUCAAGGAAGUACAGAUUCACUUUAUCGCAGCGGUGAUGUAAACGAACAACAAAUAUAUGACAAUCAUGGAAGUAAUGAUGAUCUUGUUCCAACAAAAAUAAAACCAUUUAAUAACAAUCCACCAUUACCUCAAACACAACGAGAUAUUGUUGGUAAUAAUUGCUGUUUUAAUUCAUCAGCACACGCCAAUGGUUGGAACAAUAUUGAUAAUGAACCAUUAAAUCCUUUCAUGAUUUAUCGUGAUGCUUUGAAACAAAAUUUAACAACACCUAUUAGAACUAGUAGUAGUACUCCAAGAAUGCAUUUUGGUCGUAGCGGAGGUCAUUGGCCUCAUAUCAAACAAACAAAUACAUAUUCUGCAGCAAAUCUUUUAUUUAUUGAUGGUACAGUACGAAUUGAUGAUAAUGUAAAAUCUCCAAAGCAUCGUUUUGGUUAUCCUCCUAUGAUUCGAGCACAACAUUCAUUUACAUCAUCAACUCAAGAUUUAUCAAAUAAAACACCAAAUUUAACAACAAAAUCAUUAGAUUCUAUGACAUGGUCUGCAACAGAUCAACUUAAUUAUCGACCAUCUUUAUCACAAUAUUCAAAUCGCUAUGAACGUCAUGCUAAAGAUGGUUUUGCUUAUUGGCCAACAGAUUUAACUUAUAAAAAGCCACGAUGUAAACCAAGUACUACUGGAACAUACAAAAGAUGGCUUGGUUUAAGCGAUUCGAUUCUUAAACUUUAA